GGAAAGGAAUAUCCUCGGCAUUAUCGCCACGGAUGCUCCAAGAACGCUGGUGGAAAUUAGAAGAAACCCUAAUCUCGUUUGUUUUGACCCCAAAGUAUCAUCCAACGCCAUCUUCAUUUGCAGUUCGUAUACGAUCGUAUUCCCAAAAUUCAUAGAUGCUUGCAGUUCGUGUACGAUCGUAAAGAGUAUAUACAUAAAGUUGGGAGGCAAAAGACACAAACAAUAUGACACAUUUACUUUCAACUUCUUGUUCUUUAGAUAUCUGUUCCAGCAGCAGGCUUCACUGCAAGCACUCGCACCGACACUUGCAUGCACUUCCCUCAUCUAUUAGGUUACAGACUUCCAAGUGUCCUAUUGAAAGACAUGCCCUGCAAGCAAAGAGCCCCCGAGCAUCUUUCACUGUCCAGGCAACAACUCUUCCCAUAACUCAAGAUGCCAAAACCCAACCAAGCUCUAGUUCCCAUGGACCAUCCCAUCCCAAGCGGGUUAUGGUCAUUGGUGGUGAUGGUUACUGUGGCUGGGCUACCGCUCUUCACUUAUCCAACAAAAAUUAUGAAGUUGCAAUAGUUGACAAUCUCAUCCGUCGUCUCUUUGACCACCAGCUUGGCCUUGAUUCCAUGACCCCAAUCGCUUCCAUCCAUAAUCGUAUCCGGCGUUGGAAAUCUCUCACAGGAAAAACCAUUCAACUCUACAUUGGUGACGUGUGUGACUUCGAAUUCUUGUCGGACUCCUUCAACUCAUUUGAACCGGAUGCUGUUGUCCACUUUGGGGAGCAACGCUCUGCUCCCUAUUCCAUGAUUGAUAGGUCUAGAGCUGUGUUCACUCAGCAUAACAAUGUGAUUGGAACUCUUAAUGUUCUGUUUGCAAUUAAGGAGUUGAGAGAAGAGUGUCAUCUGGUGAAACUAGGAACCAUGGGAGAAUAUGGAACCCCCAACAUAGAUAUUGAAGAGGGUUACAUAACAAUUACUCACAAUGGAAGAACAGAUACCUUGCCUUAUCCCAAGCAAGCAAGCUCAUUCUACCAUCUGAGCAAAGUACAUGAUUCAAAUAAUAUAGCAUUCACUUGCAAGGCUUGGGGGGUCAGGGCCACCGAUCUAAAUCAAGGAGUGGUCUAUGGGGUGAGGACGGAUGAGACUGAGAUGCAUGAAGAGCUCUGCAACAGGUUUGAUUAUGAUGGAGUGUUUGGAACUGCAUUGAAUCGAUUUUGUGUCCAGGCUGCUGUGGGUCAUCCACUUACUGUCUAUGGCAAAGGAGGCCAGACCAGAGGAUACCUGGACAUAAGAGACACAGUCCAGUGUGUCGAGCUAGCGAUAGCAAACCCUGCACAGCGUGGGGAGUUUCGGGUCUUCAACCAAUUCACAGAGCAGUUCUCGGUGAAUGAACUUGCAGCCCUGGUCACGAAGGAAGGACAGAAGCUCGGGCUUGAUGUGCAAACCGUGUCUGUCCCAAACCCAAGGGUAGAGGCAGAGGAACACUAUUACAACGCCAAGCACACCAAACUGAUGGAAUUGGGGCUACAACCGCAUCUUCUGUCAGACUCUCUUCUUGACUCGCUACUCAACUUUGCAAUCAAGUACAAGGAUCGCAUUGACACAAAACAGAUAAUGCCCAGGGUUUCGUGGAGAAAAAUAGGUGUAAAGCCAAAGACUGUUGCGGCCUAGACAAUGUGGGAAGACAAACACACACUACCUGCAGGAUUUCAAUGCUUUUUGUUGCUGUAAACCUAGUAAUAUACAUAGUGAACUAUGGGGAAAAGGGACUUGCUUGGUUGUAAGAGUAAAAUCUGUAUGUUGCGUUGUUUGUU